CCCGGGGUCGCGGGAGUCCGUUGAACUGCAGGCAGGCGAGGCUGCGGGAGGGGCGGCCGGGCGUGCGUGGAUCCCCGCGGUGGCGCGGCAGCCUGCUGCGUCCCUAUUGAGGAUGGCCUCUUGCUGAUCCGGCAGAAGUUUGACGCAGCGCCAGAGUAACGGCUGGGGGAAGAAAUGGCUACGGCAAACAAGGGCACGAAGCCCAAGGUGGGGGGUGUCCGCUUUGCCCCGAACCAGACGGUGGAGGGCUCUUCCAGCCACGUCCACUUUGAUGAGAAGCUUCACGAUUCGGUGGUCAUGGUCACCCAGGAGAAAGACGGGAACUUUCUGGUGAAGGUCGGGUUCCUGAAGAUCCUGCACAAGUACGAAAUCACUUUCCUUCUGCCUUUUGUGCAGCAUCUGGGGAAGGAGGUCUCUGCUGUGCCGUUGCCGAACCUGAACCUUCGAGUGAUUGACAUUACGACGGCUUCUGAAGGUUACAACGUCAAGUGCGAGUACACUGCCCACAAGGAAGGGGUCCUCCGCGAGGAGAUGGAGCUCUGCAGCACAGCCAACCACAGCGCCUCCGUCAAAGUGGUUGUGCAGGCCAGGGUCAUGGACCGCCACCACGGCACGCCGAUGCUGCUGGAAGGUGUGAAGUGCGUCGGCGCAGAGUUGGAGUACGACUCGGAGCAAAGCGAAUGGCACGGGUUCGACUAGGACGGAUCCCCCGCCUUCCCCUGCCAAGCCCGGUCAACUUUCUAGGGUUUUAUAUAUAUAUAUUUAUAUAUAUAUAUAUGUGUGCGUGCGUGUGUGUGUGUGCAUAUAUAUAUAUAAUAUAUAUAUAUAUUUUCCAGUUCUGCUUGAAAUUUAAAAAAGAACAAAAAAGCACCGCCUUAGCUGUUUGCUGGCUGCCAGAGGCAGAGCGCUCUUUGUUUCCUGCUGGCCCAGUGACGCUUGUCUUGUGGGUUUGGGCGCUGUGUUUACUCCCACCCCCUCCACCCAUCUCAUCCGCAUCCCGCCCUGGCAGCCCUCCGGUUUUGGUGGGUGGUUGCGGCUUCCGGCCAACAGGUGAGGCAAGGACUGACACCCUGCCAUUCCGUCGGCCUUAAAUCUGCAGGUGUGUGGUUUUGUACGAGAGUUGUGUGUGGGACAAACCUUAUGAGGGCGGGUAACAUUGCAUGUCACUGUCCCACAAGUUGCAUUCUCUUCUGGUUUAGAAUGGUUUUGUUGUUUGCACACCUGUCCCAAGUUUCUGCUCGUGGCCGUUUAAAGAAGAUAAAGCAGUCCAUGCUCUCCGUUGCUCACUCCUCCGUCUGUGUGGCACUGCAAUGGUGCAACUGGGGAGCUCUGGUGCAAAACAGCUGUUUAACACACCUCCGGUGUGGGCAGAGCGGACCUGCUCUUCAGCCAGGAGGAAUUGGUGGGGGGACAACAGACGAUGUUUGGACAGCCACCAAGACAGUUCUGAACUCCCGUUCAGCACUAAAAGGCUGAAUGCGGGGUGGGGCGGGGUGGGGGUGGGGAUUGUCCUGCUCCAGAGAUUUGUGUGAGCAAUUAAGAAUUUCCUGCAUCCUUGCAGGGGGGAGACUGGGGGGACUUCUGAGGUGCAGCUCUUUGGGUAGCUGGGGCCAAUUCACAUGACCAAGCUGGCUGGGGCAGGACGUCUCUCUUAUGCCACCAGGUUCUUUGAAAAGUGGUUCACUUUUUGUCUCGAGCUGCCUAAGACGACAGCAAGUGAAGCCGCCUCUUCUUUGGAACCACUCGAAUAAUCCCUUUUCCCAAAAAUGGUGGUGCCUCCCACAAGAGGGUGGGGAUAACACAGCCCGGCUAGCGGCCAAGUGGUUGUGCCAAUUGGCCCCAGUUUCAGUUUUAGGGAGUGAUGUUUUCCCCAAAAGGUGAGGCCUUUUCAGAGAUUCACGAACGAUCUCUGCGUUGCAAGCCAUAUGGUGUUUUGGAGUCAAUUGUGUUAAGGAAGUGUGUGUAUGUGUGCGCGUGUGUUUCUCCUAUGUACUGCUGCAAUUUUUGUUUUCAUGUUUCUCUCCCAAGCCCAACCUCUCCAAUUAUUUAUGUGUAGCUGCUCAAUUCCCAACACAGGACGUAAAUUCCAAAAGAAUUCUGUCGGCUCCUUUGCGGGGCCCAGUGUGCAUUUUAAGCCGAAUAAGGGAUAAAGCCAAUGGGCUGUGGUACUUCAGACUGCCAUGCGGGGAAUCCAAUUUUUGGACGUUCCCUUAAUUAAAAAAUAAUAAUAAAUCCCCGCAAGCAGAAAACUAACAUAUCAGGGAAUGAGCUAGCCUAGAAUGUUUCUUCCAGAUGUAUUAGGGAUGGGGGGGAAGGUGCUGCUUGCCGAGAUUCUUUGGGGGCACCCUAAAAAUGGCAGUGUCGACUGGUACUGCCCGUUUGCCACCCCUAUCUCCGCAUGAAGAAUGUGCAUCUGUUUUCUGCAACCGGGCUGCACACUGAGGACCCUGGGGAAACUCCCAGAACUGCAUGAAUGCUCAUCGGUGCUGGGGAAAGGUGGGGAAAAGCACCCGCUUCCCGACAGCAUUGAAUGCAGGGCAAAUACCCUGUGUGGAAAUGGCCCCAUUGUGUUGCAUUGGGAUCCCAUGUCCUUUCCACCACCCUCGAUAGCAAAUAGUUAACAGAUUUAUCCAAAGGCUCCUGUGGGGUGCAGCAGAGGAGGCGAGGUGUGAUCGGAGAAUCCCGCUUUUAUGUUUUUAAAGUUAUAACUGCUCCAGAAGGGGAAGUGAGGUUGGGGCAGCAGUGCUGGACAAGGGUUUUAAAACCACAUCAUUUCCCUGCCUUCAACUGCCCCCCCUCAACAUUUCCCUGUGGGGCAAACACCAGCUGGGGAAGGGGGGGCAGCUCAGAUUAGGAAACUGACGCCAGAGGAUAGCAG